CUCUCCCAGCUGAGGUCUUUCUGAUUAAUAUUUUAAUAUAAACCAGUGAAGAUGACACCAAAACACGAAAAACAAGAAUUUGUAACUGUCUUGGUGCGAGACCCCAGGACGCACAAAGGAGACUCAUGGCAUUCUUACAUAGACUAUGAGAUAUUUAUUCAUACAAACAGUAUGUGCUUCACAAGGAAAACAUCCUGCGUCAGACGGCGCUUCCGAGAGUUUGUUUGGCUUCGACAGAGGCUUCAGAGCAAUGCAGUGCUGAUACAGCUACCUGACCUGCCAUCUAAGACUCCCUUUUUCAAUAUGAAUAAUCCUCAUCACGUGGACCAUCGCCGGCAGGGUCUGCAGGAAUUCCUGGAAAAGAUCCUACAAGAUGCACUGUUGCUCUCAGACAGUAGGCUUCACCUCUUCUUACAGACUCAGCUAAGCCCAGAAGAUAUGGAGGCUUGUGUCUCUGGACAGACCAAAUACACUGUUGCUGAUGCGAUUCAUAAGUUUGCCUCUUUGAACAGACGAUUUCCUAAAGAAGAUGAAGAAGGAAAAAAAGGAAAGAACGACACAGACUCUGAUUCAGAGAGUUCAUCCUCCGGGCUCGGACCUAGUGAUGACAGCAUUUCAUGUGGAUGUAAAACAAGCCCAGCUUCUGAAGAGUCAUGAAAAAUAAUUCCUGCAUUGCUAGCUUAAGGACAGUGCAAAGCAGUUUCUUCUCUGGUUAUGUGUACCAUGCAAACACGGGUGAGCCGGUAAGGUGUACCUGAAAGAAGCAUCGUCUAUACAACCAUAUGUCCUUAUAAAAUUUUCAAAACAGACCUCAGUAAUAUUUCUUUGUUGAUUCCAUUAUGUUGAUUCAGGUCUACACGCUACCUAUUACAUUUCAGGGGGUUUUUUAGGUAUUAAAAUUUCAGUAUUGGGUAAGUCAUGCUUUGCUGACAUACACGGCAGUUACAGUAUUUCCCUCAGUUCGGUGCAUGUCUUAGAUCUGAAAAAGUAAACUUAAUUCCUCACGUAAAAGUUGGUAUAUCAUACCAAAUAUAUUCAAAGCAUCUUUUUGUAAUUUGCAUUAGAGGUUUCAUCUUUAGAAGUCAUUUGACAUUGGUGAUGAAAUUACAUACCCCACAAGGUAUUCACUUUUGAAAGUAGCUCAGCAACAUCAGCAAAACAACAUUUGUACGAACUAUAUGCUGCUGGCAAUUUGAGAGAUAAAUAUAUCUUCGUCUGGUCUUUCUGUAAUGUUUAUGGAAACCUUGGUUUUAUCAUGCAGAAGAGCUGAAGGCCAAAAUUCUUGAGCAUGGUUGCUUAGAAGUUAGAAAUAUUAAUAAAAAUGACAUCAUUUCUAGUCUUGCUGGAGAUUCUCAGUUCCCAGGGAAUGACAGAUACUCAUUCCCAGUGAAAGUCCUGGAUGAGGCCCAUUGAAACUGAGGGUGAAUUUUGCUUCGACCUCAUUAGAAUCGGGAUUUCACCCAGCAUGAACUUUAGGCACAGAUAUCUGAAAAUGCUAGGCGAGAUGUUUUAGUUUAGCACCUAAAACAUCUCCCUGUCUGAGAUGAUGAUAAUCACAUAGUUGUAACAUGCUGUACAGAAAUGGACCUCUCCACUCUUUGGGAGUAAACGGAGCUGCUGAUUUCAUUGUGGCUGUAGUUAGCACGUUGGAAUAUUGACAUUUCCCCCAAACAAAAGGCAGGCUUGAACACAACUUUGUAACCAGCAACACUUAUUUUGAUUAAAAGUCAGUUUUGCUCUUUAUUGGUAACAGCAGCUGUGUAGUGUCUUGUCCCAGAUUCUGUCAAAGGAAUAUGUUUCACUAUGGUGUUGUAUUUAUAUUUGACAUUUAACUGCUAUUAAAAAGAGCUAGGGGGUCUGACCAGCCUAGCAAAGCUCCCAUUAACUUCAGAGAGAUGGUUACCAGCCUAGGAACAGAGAAUUAUAUGUAUGUAUAUUCUAAGAAUUCUGUGCAUAUUGUCAAAGAAGGAGCAUAUUAAACCUGUGAAUUAUGGAAACAAUACAUUGUUAAAUGGCUAUCUAAUACAAGGUAGCAUGGACGUGUGCAGGCAUGCUUUUAUUAAAGCAUCCAGAUGGGAAUCUGCGUAAUUUUAGAAGCAUGUUUUAGUAGCCCAAGAAUAACAUCUCUUAGGUAACUACUUUUAAGCCACUGUAUUUUGUUGAUGGUUGCACUUUUAUAAGAUUAAUAUCCAUGUUUCUUUUUGUGGGGUCUUACUUAUUUGCACAAAUCUAUCUAUUCACCUUCUCAGCCUGUGAGUUAGCAGCAAUGCUAUUUUAAUGGAAAAGUGAUAACAUUUAAUUAAAGCAACAAGUUAUCACUAAAAGUAGCUUAAAAAAAUAGCUGUUAUUGCCAGGCAGAGAUUUUUGAUUGCUUGAUAGAUUUUUGAUAGAUUUUCUUUUUUUUU